GGAUUCACGUUUUUGUUCUCGGCCAAGCCCAGCGCAAGCCCAGCGUUGCGUUUUCCGAUAUUCUGGAAUAUUCAAUUGCAGUUGAACUGUACCUAUUCAAUCUUGCAACAAUAUAAGGGGUACAGGAUUUCCAUAGAGUCUGAUUUAUCAGGAGAUUGCCACAAUACUGAGGAGUGGGGAUCAGCUACCAGGUGCACAUAACCCUCUAAAGAAGUCCACAUGAUGAAGCCUCUGGCAGCAGACGAGAUGUUUCCAGACAAUCCUGUGAACCAGCUGAUGGAUGUGUCCAUGGAUGAGAACUCGGCGGCCGAUCGUGCCGGAGUGGUAGACGUCGCCAGCAAUGAGCCCAUGGUCCAUGCCGACUUUGCCAACAACUUUGGUGAUCUUUUCGAUGACGAGGACCUCGAUUGAUUCGUCCGGUGUCCGUGCCAAGACUCGCCGCCCACUUCUCGGUAAAUGAGACUCCGGUGCUCACUCCCAUCACGUGAUACGUACAUGGCGUCUUCUCUGGCGUUCGGUGUUGUGAAUAUCAGUCUCAGUCGCCUGCACGGCAGCUGACCGAACUUUCUGGUCUUUUUCUGCCCGCUGAGGGCUACGGCAAGGAACUGUCACACUAGCAAAUGGGGGAAUACUGUGCGUAGCUCAAGCAAGAACAGGAGGAUUACGGAAAGGGAGACUGGGACUUAACGCGUGAAACCGAAGGAGUGAGGACGUGUGUGUGAAGAAGAAAUAUAGGUAUAUGUCUCACAGCACGUAGGGUGCUAGUUGGGAAAGCACGAAACAGUAGAGGCGUACUUAGAUAUCGAUCGAGGGGUUAUUGAAAGGGACGCAAAUCGGCGUCUUACCAAUCUUAGUGAAUCUCUGAUGAAAAUCGCUGUAUUCCUUGAAGCCGUCGUUUACCCGAAAACCUUGGCGAACGCAUUAUUUUAGUCAGGUCAAGUGUUGUCUGAUAUAGUUGCGUCUGAUAGGUUCCUCUGUCGUGGAACUAUUGUUUAGCGAUAUCCGCUGUUGUUUAUGUUAUAGAAUAUCCACCUGGUUAUAUUUAUACUAUUUGUUGCUUAUCCUGCAUAUAAGUGAUCGUUGAAGUAGGUAUCUACAGUGCAUAGCUUGGAAAGUGUAUUUAGAAACCCGAAGAUCUCGUAUCGCCAAGGCACAUCUGCCACGGAGGCCAAAACCGCCGACCCAGACCUCACCAUGACUGUUGAGUCUUCUUCGGAGACCAUGGUACCAUCUGCACCAGCUGGCACCUCAGGCCCGGCUCCUGACGCUGAUGACCCUCCUACGUCCUCUCAGGGCGUCCCCGCCGCCCUACGAAACGCCCCAGCUGCAGACGAUGUGCCAGCUCCGAUCGAGGUGGUCCAAACGCCCGAUUACUACAUCCUCGUUCGCGGCGAACACAGCCUCUGGUGGCGACGCUCGGAUGGUAGCGUCACGGCGCGAUCCGCGUGGGACCUGGCCGCUGCCGAUGAUCCAGUCUGUCUGGGUGUGUGCCAGGCGUUUGUAGGACGCGUCCAGGCGAGUGUUGGUGGCGAGUAUCACCUGCUACUCGUGAGGGAGUCGGUGCCCGUGGGCAGGCUGCCUGAUGGACACAUGGUGAGGAAGGUGACCAAGGUGACUCUCCUCCCGCUGAGCUCGUCUUCGCUGCCUGAUACUCCUGACACACAGCUGACUGCGUGUGUGAAGCACACACCGGGCGCGUCUGUCAGUACCGGAGGAGGCGGAGGAGGGACGGCUGCCGCGGCUGGACGCGGCGCUGGACUGGCACGUACCUGGGGACUGAUGAAGACCGUCACCACGCGAGCCGCAGCGGCGACAGCAGCAGCUGCACAGUCAGCCGGCGCUCAGGUAAAGGAGCGCGUCCCCGGCCGGAACCGUCGACCCGCCGCCGCACUCAGUCCGGUGCUCGAGGAGCUUCUGAAACUCUUCAACGACUCGGAUUCGUUCUUCUUCAGCGUCGGCGGUGAUCUGACAAACUCCCUGGCGAGGAGGCUGAAGGGAGCGGAACCGGAUGACCGAUUCUUCUGGAACGCCCCCGCGGCUGCGGCGGUGCUUGCGCUGCCUCCGCCCGCAGCAGAUGCCUGGGUGCAGCCGAUCGUCCAGGGCUACGUACACAUCUCCGAGUGCGGAGACCCGGACGGAGUACUUCCCCCGCAUCUUCGCCUAAGCCUCAUCUCUCGCCGCAGUCGCCAUCGGGCCGGCACGCGCUAUCGCCGACGCGGCGUGGAUCCGGAUGGCUGGGUGGCCAACUACGUCGAGACUGAACAGAUCCUUUCGAGCGGAGACCACCAUCUCAGCUUUGUCCAGGUGCGUGGCUCGGUCCCCGUGUUCUGGGCGCAGCCUGGUUACCGGUACCGACCACCGCCGAGACUCGAGCGAGACCCUGUCCAAACGGCUGCCGCCUUCCGCCGCCACGUGGACGCUGAGGUUGAACGCUACGGUGCCGUACAUUGUGUCAGUCUUGUCGACCAAACGGGACGCGAAAAGGUGAUUGCGGAUGCCUAUCUGGACCAGGCGCUUGCAUACGACUCCGAGCGUCUAACAUUCACAGCAUUUGACUUUCACGAUCACUGCCGAGGACUGCGUUUCGAAAACGUCGCGCUUCUCUUGGCGGCUGUCUCAGACGACCUCGCAGCCACCGGAUUCACAUGGGCCGAUCGCCGCGGAGCGCUCUGUCAACAAUCUGCCGUGUUCCGCGUAAGCUGCAUCGACUGUCUCGACCGAACGAACGUCGUGCAGACAGCGCUGGCCAGAACAAUGCUGCAAACGCAACUGUCAAAACUCGGCGUCGCUGGGACCGGUGCGCUGCCAGCAUCUCUUCGCAACACCUUCCAGCAGAUGUGGGCAGAUACCGGCGACGCUCUCAGUCGGCAAUACGCAGGAACCGGUGCGCUCAAAGGAGACUUCACCAGAACUGGAGAACGUCGCUGGACUGGGCUCAUGCGCGAUGGCGUCAACUCGGCCAACCGGUACUACCUGAACCGCUUCCGCGACGCGGGUCGUCAGGCGGCAAUCGAGGCUUCCCUGGGCCGCCCGCCGGUGGAGCCAGAGCCUGAAGACGAAGCCGACGGCGACGAAUCCGAUGAGGCGGCGGCGGUGGAACGCGUCCGGCAACUGCUCGACGACUCGCAGCGUCUGCUGGUUCCUGACGGCUCCGUCGUGAUGGGCACCUGGGGUCUGAUCGACGCAGACGCCGAUGCAACUGACGGCGACCAGGAGCUGGACACCAUUCUCAUCCUGACCACGGACUCCUACUACGCGGCAUGUUACGAUGACGACACAGACCGCAUCGUCUCCUACCAGCGCGUUCCGCUAUGUGACCUCCAGUCCAUCGAACUCGGUCCUGUCGAGGCUUCCCGCCUGUCGCGCUCUCCUCGAACCCCCUGUCUACGUCUGUGGUACGAAAUCAGCGGUGAGUCUGGGUACUUUCACCAGCUGCGUGCCACGCCACUGCGCUUCUUCAACAACGUGGCCGUGACGGCGGGCUCUGCGGAAGAUCAGGCAGAAACACUUCGCGCACUGGCUGCGGCGCUGGUUGGAGCUUGCGAAGCUGCUGGCCACCAAGUUCCCCUAUCUGAGGGUCGCCUGGCUCGGCGCAAGUCCCGCGCCUCUCUUGCAAGCUCUCGUCGUGCUGGACGAACACCGCUCCGCUGGCUGGACGAAACCCCGCAGCCGGGAAGUCUGCUCCGCACGGCCGGCACUCGUGCUGCGAGCAGUGUGGCCGCUGCUGCCGCGUGGCUGCCGUCACGUCUUCGCCCACUGUGGUCAGACUCACAGCAGCAGUCUCAGACGGAGAGAAACUCGCCUGAAGAGCCCUCGCAAGAGUCGGGCGACAUGCUGAUCGACAGUGCGGGUAUCAUCGCCUGUCCCGUGGGAGGUCCGACUUCACCUCCAGCUGUUGGGCAGCCAGGUGAAAAUGCGACGGAGCAGACUUACCCGGAGGUGGAGGUGGAUGGAAGGAAAAGCACAAGACAUGAAGACGAUGCAGAUGGCCAGGGUAGCACGCAAUGUGCAGGAAAUGCAGACCAGUCGAGAGUGACGCCAGAGAAGACGUCGUCUCACCAAGUGAACGGUCCCGAACAAGAUCUUGCGAAGGGAAACUCUUCACUCGAAUCCUCGCAGCUGCCAGACGUGGUCACAACAGCCACAUCUUCGCAAUUACCACGUCUCGCCUCCGGUGAAUCAGCGAGCUCUUCAAGAGAGCCAACGGAAAUAGAACCACCAUCAAGCAUCUCCGUUGAGUCGAAGUCAGGCACCACGGGUCCCUCAGCUAACACAGAGGUGCCCAGCAUCACGGUUAGUAGUGAUCGACCCUCAGUUGGUGGGCUGUCCCUGCUCGGGUCAGCUCUGUCUCCGCUGACCAGCCCAGCUCGAGAUACUGUCCUGGUAGGGUUCUCUCGUCUGGCUCGAGGGGUGCAGAGGCUGGGCUCCGCGGCCAGCACGCCCUCUGGGCCGCGCAAGCUGGAGAUGAGUGAUGUGCUGCGGCAGAGGAUAGCAGGAUCGAAGACACGGGUGACGAUGCUGUAAGCCAGGAUGGCGAUUAUACGUCAACGUGACGAUUCAGAAAUGUGAAAAGCAGAGGAUCGCAAGAUGCAUGACAUAACGUGACGCUGAUAUGACGCGAAAGGCAUGUGAUCCAAGAAGCCGGACCUGCGAUUAGCUGUUAAUAUGUCAAGAAGUCACUUAUGGAUAUGCAAAAAGGAUCUGUACCGAAGCAAGGCCAGUUACGCUUCCAAAGAUGCGAUGACCAAUCAUCGCCAAAAUCGCUCAAGGAAUCUUGCAGGCGUCUUCUCUGGCCUGAAUCGCCACGUUUGGUUACUGCUUUAGUUGAACGAAAAGGAUCUAAUGAGAUUCGGGUCCCGUUCGCUCAAGAUGUGUGGACUCUAGACAUGUGGCUCUCUCAUGAAUUAUUCAAGAAAUUCGCUAUGCAUAUGACUCGAAAUAAUGGUGAUAAAGCCAGUCCGGUUUCUAUUAACUGCCCAGCCUCCGUUCCUGAUUGUAUGGCUAUCAUCGCGUCGCAUUCAGAUUUCAUAACUAAAUGCAGCCUCUUCAAAAAUUGCUGUUGAAUCGAUUUAUCAUGAAACGGUUGCAAGCGGUGAAGCGAUUUCUGAAGGCGUAACUAUUUUUCUCACUGCUCAAAAGUCAUAAAUCGAGGCUUGCAUGUGUGCAUCAAUAUGUCAGCGAGGUUGAGGGUUUCCGAGUUUUUACGCUUUGCAACACAAGAUCUUCCGUGCGUACCUAUGCUAUCUGUCGUAGGACAUCAAUAUAUGUAAACCUCAGCUGUUGACAACCGUUUAUUCGCACCGUGGUUCUAGAAAUGUAUUUUGCUCUCUUAUCACUUACUUGUACGUUUAUGGGUAGUGCUGCUUCGUGGAUCAAUUUUACUAGUUUUUGUCUAUUUCGAGGAAUCUUCCAAUCUAAAUGCAGUUUUGAUAAAAGUGCACUAUUUGUGGAGAGAAUGUGACCUUUUGAACAUUGAACAAUAUUCCCGCACACAACGGCUUGGUAGUUUGUGGUAAUCCCCAUGGGCGCACACGCACCUUUUGCCGAUCAGUAGAUAUAUGUGCUGCUAAAUGGAAAAGUGAGACCACAUGGAGUUGAGAAUAGUGCUCACCCUGUUGUGUUAUUUAUGUGUGUGGGUACAGAUGCAAGUGGCGCCACCCGUGGCCAAAUAGUUCUAUUGAGUCCCAACAGCGACCGCUAGAGGUGGUGCUACGGCCGAUCUCGGUACCGAUUGUGACUGCAUCCUCGCCUGCCUAUCGAUUGCAACUGUGUAAGACCUCCACUGGCCACUUGUCGGUGCAUCCGUACUUGGCCUGAUCUGAGAGUGUUCCUGCACCAACUUGUCGCUAUAGUCGUCUUGUGCGCAUCAAUGUAACACUGCGGGUAGAUUCGAACACAGCCUUCAUGCCUUCGUAGUGAUCCGGCGGGCGGCGAAAAUCGCGUGUAGUCUCUAUUUUGUCUAUCAGCACGUGCGGCGUACCUCCGCAAACGUUCGCGAACCUCGCGUAAGGUCUCUAUUUUACCAGAAUGCAACACUUUGUGCCGUUGUAUAAACAGGUGGCGCUCUAGUCGUGUGUAGUGCUGCUCUCUCGCCUCUGGAAUAUUGUACUCUGAAUUGGAGAUAUUCUGUUCGAUUGUUUGUGUUUGUGAAGCAUUGUUACAUUGGCUUCUUAAAUUAAACAUGCCGCAUAAAAUGACAGACUGAGCUCGUUACUUAAUCGUGCAUCUGUCUUUGCUGAUAUUGUGUCGAAACUUUAUGAGUUAUGUCGCUAUGUCUCCACCACUGUAUACAUUAUGAAACAAUUCACAUUCCCUAGCAGCACAUGGGCAUAUUUAUUCUCAGUAUCUCCAUAGGUGUCGGUGGGCUCUCCCUAGACAUCGAUGUUUACUGUGCAGACUUCUGAGAAAGUUAGACACAUCUUUUGCUAUUUUUGCAAACGGCAGACUGAGUCAAUUACAAAGGAAAAAGAGCAACAUAUAAGACACAAAUCAAAACUGAUAUAAGCUUAGAUGACCGAUUUUAAGCUAUUUUGUUGUCAGUUGAUCUCUUUCUUCCUUAUUAUAAUUGCAUUUAUGAGAGAUCGCUAUUGUCACAGAUCGCAUAUUUUGACAUUCUUUGGUUCUAUAAUACAAACCUUUACUUUUGUGUUAUUUGUUCGGCACGCCAAAGCUCAAUUAGUUCUUUUAUUUUCGCCAAUGUCCGGUGUCCCUAUUCAUUACAGCAUCGCUGGAAGGUGAAUGUUAUCCUGUGUGCGCAACUAAUGUCAAGUCUGUAACGUGUUAUUUGGUGAUCCUUCCAUACGAGACGUGAGCUUUCGGUGUUUAGUUUGGCCUGCUAGCUCAAACAGUAUAUGCGAAGCGUCGUAUGUACGCCAUAGCUAUGCAGUCGUGGUAAUGUCUGUUAUGUGCGCUGAUAAUAUAUAGACUCGCAAUCA